ACUGUAGUUGGAAUGGUGGCUAACUAGAUAAUAUAUGGUCGAUUCUCCUGGAAAUACGGUCAAAUAUUGACUUGUUUUAUUUGAGACGUACAUUUAGGUGUGCCUCGGGAGAAGACAACGUAUUUUUUUUGCUGCAGUGUCGUUUGAGGUCAAGAUGAUCGAGGUGGUGGCUUCCAUGGCCCGAGGCCCCGUGUUUCUGGCCGGGGAGCUCAUGGAGUGUCUCAUAACAUUCACCAACCCAAUGUCCCAUCUCUCCACCUCUGCUAGCAGUGAGAUGCUGGCAUGGGCCAGCGCCCAGAUUCACUGUCAGUUUCAUGCCAGUGAGAACAGGGUGGCCCUUCCGGCCCAGGGGAACAAACAGGAUGUCCAGGCGGAAAGCGACACAGUGCUUAUUCCAAGCAGAGGAGAGCGAGGGCAGUGUGUGCUGGACACACCACCUAAGAUACUAUUCUGUGACCUGCGCCUGGACCCUGGGGAGAGCAAAACCUAUUCAUACAGUGAGCUCGUACCCAUAGAUGGUCCUCCUAGUUUCCGUGGUCAGUCAGUGAAAUACGUCUACAAACUGACCAUCGGCUGCCAGAGAGUCAACUCUCCCAUCAAACUCCUCCGAGUUCCCUUCAGAGUGCUGGUUCUGCAGGGCAUGCCAGAGCCUCCAUUUCCCCAGGAUGAGGAGGUUUCCCCCUCUAACCCAUUCCUAGAAGAAGAAGAAGCAAGCCGCAGGGAUGCUCGGCCUUUGGAGAGAGCACUGGACAUGCUGAUGGCCACCACAUCAAGACGCUGCCCACACAUGUUCAAUAUCACCAACAUGCGAGGGAAAGUGGCAAAGUUCUGCAUCUUCAAGAUUGUUUACAGACUUGGGGAGGACAUCGUCGGCACAUUCAACUUCUCAGAGGGUGACAUCCCUUGUUUACAGUAUUCAGUGAGCCUCCAGAGUGAGGAGGAGAUCCAGCAGCCGUACCAGCGGCGUCCCGGCCAGGCCGUCAGUGUGACCGGACACGGGCGACACCUGGAGUCCUGCCUCCACACUGCCUCCAGCCACUUCUCCCUCCCCAUCCCGCUCAAUGUCACACCGGGUUUCAGCACAGACAUAGUAUCUCUAAGGUGGCGCCUGCACUUCGAAUUCGUGACCGCCCGGGAGCCUAUGGAACCACCCACCGUCCUGCAGAACCAAUCAGAGGUCACAGUUUGGUCAGGGGCAGAACAUGUCGAUGUAGAUACCUUCAGCUGGGAUCUGCCGAUCAAAGUCCUGCCCACCAACCCGGCCUUGGCAUCCUACAUGUCUCAGUUUACAGGGACGAACAGCAUUAAUAUUUGACUCUGAGACUGUGACCAUGAGAUGAUCAGGUGUUAAUAUUGUGUUUCUAAGGGUAUCGACAGAUGUGUGCAUGGUCUUGUGUGUGUGAGUGUAUGUUUGUGAGAGGGAGAGAGAGAGACAGUUUUUUUUCCUUUCCAGAUGAGAAAUGUUUGCACAGACGCACAUUUCAGGAACAAAGAAUCUAUUUUUGUUGUUUAUGCAAAGCCAGUGAUGGAUUCCAUGUGUUAAGUAUGCAAACCUAUAUUUUGCCUUUGUCUUAUGCAUUUUUUGAUGCAUCCUAACUUUGAAUACAUAUUUUCUUUAGGAAGACUGACUCACAUUGACUGUGUGAAGUGCAACUGUCUCUGUGACUGCUGUGCAUUUCUGUAUUUAUUUCUUUUUUGACUCUGUUAUGUACUUGCACACUUGAUAUUUCUUAUUUUAUGUGACAACUCUUUCUUAUCCAAGAUAUUUUUACUGUUAAACUGUCUUUCUUUCAUCUUGAGCAAAGACUGUACUGAGGUGUAAAUACUACAAGAGAGAAAUUAAUUAAAAGCGUGCUUUAAAUUUGA